AUGGCGUCUACAGAAAAUACAAAGACAACUCUAUGGAUGGGUGAUCUCGAACCUUGGAUGGACGAGCAAUUCAUAACGCAGCUCUGGUACAAUCUCGGUGAGAAUGUCAUUGUCAAGAUCAUUCGCGACAAGGUUACCUCAAUUAGUGCAGGAUAUGCAUUUGUCGAUUUUGGAUCAUCUACAAGCGCUGCAGCUGCCCUUAGUGCAUUCCAUGGUACAACCAUUCCAAACACGUGCAAGACAUUCAAGUUGAAUUGGGCCUCGGGUGGUGGUUUGAUUGACCGGCGUGAGGAUCGUCAACCUGAGUAUUCCAUCUUUGUGGGUGAUCUUGGUGAUUGUAGUGAAGCAACCUUGUUGUCGGCAUUUGCAACCCGCUAUCGUUCAUGCAAAUAUGCAAAAAUCAUGAAUGAUCCUCGUACAGGACUUUCCCGAGGAUACGGUUUUGUGCGUUUUUCAGAUGCUGCAGAACAUCAACAUGCCCUUGUUGAAAUGCAGGGUUGCUGCAUUAGAGGUAGGCCCGUGCGUGUCUCUAUGGCCACUCCAAAGCAUUGCUGCGGCGGAAGCAGUAGCAACUCGUUCCCUUCCUCGCCUUCAACACCUCCUACAACAACAACAACGUUGAUGGAUCCUCACAACACGACCGUUUUUGUGGGUGGCCUUUCAGCUCCCAUCACUGAAGAUGAGCUACAACAGUAUUUUAUGCCAUUUGGUGAUAUUGUCUACACUAAGAUCCCACCUGGAAAAGGUUGCGGAUUUGUUCAAUAUGUUUCCAGAAUUUCGGCCGAAUCAGCCAUCUUGUGCAUGAAUGGUUAUCAAAUUGGCAAUUCGAGAAUUCGUUUAUCUUGGGGCCGAUCGCAAAAUGACAAGUCCGCUGCUGCUGCUGCUGCCACGGCUGCUGCUGCACAAGCAUCUCGUCUACAACAAAAUCACCUACGUCAUCAUCAACAACAACAUCGUUUACCUCCACCGAGUUUUAUGGCUGCAUCAGAUUGGCUAGCCCAGACUGAUCAAAAACAUCCACGCCCCUUGUUUACUACUACUACUCCAUCCACAACAUCCUCCUUUGCUAAUACUAACAACACCAACUCGGCAUCCUCUCCUUGGUCCUUCAACCACAUUUAUGCUCAAUAA